AUGCUCACUCAUGGAAAAAGGCUAAUCAGCGACGACGACCUCAACGAAACUGCUCUGUUGAUGGCCUUCAAGCAAACCUCUGUGAAGUCUGAUCCCAACAACUUUCUGGGUAACUGGAAAUACGGGUCGGGUCGUGGCUCAUGCUCUUGGCGAGGCGUUUCUUGCUCUGACGACGGCCGAAUCGUCGGAUUGGACCUCCGGAACGGCGGACUCACCGGAACCUUAAACCUAGUUAACCUCACGGCGUUGCCCAAUCUCCUGAAUCUUUACCUGCAAGGAAAUGAUUUCUCUUCCUCGGAAGAGUCGUCUGGCUCUGAUUCCGCCUCCGGUUGUUAUCUUCAGAUUCUGGAUUUGUCUUGGAACUCGAUUUCGGAUUAUUCAAUGGUGGAUUACGUUUUCUCGAGAUGUUCGAAUCUGGUUUCGGUAAAUUUAUCGCACAACAAGCUCGUCGGGAAAUUGGGUUCUGCUCCGUCGUCGUGUAAGAGCCUGACGACUGUUGAUCUCUCAUACAAUAUCCUAUCGGAGGAGAUCCCGGAGAGUUUCAUCGCGGAUUUCCCGGCGUCGCUGAAAUUUCUCGAUCUAACUCACAACAAUUUAUCCGGCGAUUUCUCAGAUCUCAAUUUCGGCAUCUGUGGGAACCUCAGCUUCCUCAGUUUAUCACAGAACAAUAUCUCCGGCGAUGAAUUCCCGAUUUCUCUAUCCAGCUGUAAAUACCUCGAGACGUUGAACAUCUCUCGGAACAAUCUCGCCGGAAAGAUCCCCGGCGGCGAAUACUGGGGAAGUUUCCCGAAUCUGAAGGAGCUCUCUCUAGCUCACAACCGUUUCUCUGGCGAAAUCCCACCGGAGCUUUCUCGACUCUGCAAAACCCUCGAGGUUCUCGAUCUCUCGGGAAACACUCUCUCCGGCGAGCUCCCUCCACAAUUCACCGCCUGCGUCUCAUUACAAAACCUUAACAUCGGAAGCAACUUCCUCUCCGGCGACUUCUUAAGCACCGUCGUGAGUAAAAUCCCCGGAAUCGCAUAUCUAUACGCGGCUUACAACAACGUCACAGGCUCUGUUCCGAUUUCACUCACAAACUGUACAAACCUCCGUGUUCUUGAUCUGAGCUCGAAUGGUUUCACCGGAAAUGUACCGUCUGGUUUCUGCUCCCUGCAAGGCUCGCCGGUUCUGGAAAGGAUUCUCCUAGCCAACAAUUACCUCUCAGGAACAGUUCCUAUGGAGCUUGGCAAGUGCAAGAGCUUGAAGACAAUCGAUCUCAGCUUCAACGACCUCACCGGUCCGAUCCCAAAUGAGAUAUGGACGUUGCCGAAUGUCACGGAUUUGGUUAUGUGGGCGAACAAUCUCACCGGAAGAAUCCCAGAAGGUGUUUGUGUGAAAGGAGGAAACUUGGAAACUCUCAUCCUCAACAACAACCUCUUAACCGGUUCAAUCCCUGAGUCAAUCUCGAGCUGCACCAACAUGUUCUGGAUCUCUCUCUCAAGCAACCGCCUCACCGGUGAGAUCCCUAGCGGAAUCGGCGAUCUUGCCAAAUUAGCAAUCUUGCAGCUUGGGAACAACUCCUUGUCCGGGAACGUUCCACGUCAGCUCGGGAACUGCAAGAGCCUGAUCUGGCUCGACCUCAACAGCAACAAUCUAACCGGAGACCUCCCGGGUGAGCUAGCUAACCAGGCCGGGCUUGUGAUGCCCGGUAGCGUUUCGGGUAAACAGUUUGCGUUUGUGAGGAACGAAGGCGGAACAGAUUGCAGAGGCGCGGGUGGGUUAGUCGAGUUCGAAGACAUUCGCGCGGAACGUUUAGAGCGGUUCCCAAUGGUUCAUUCGUGUCCCGCGACACGUAUAUACACAGGCAUGGCAAUGUACACAUUCUCUGCCAACGGAAGCAUGAUCUUCUUCGACAUCUCUUACAACUCUGUUUCGGGUUCUAUACCUCUUAGUUACGGUAACAUGGGCUAUCUCCAGGUCUUGAAUUUGGGACACAACCGUUUAACCGGAGCCAUCCCGGACAGUCUUGGAGGUUUGAAAGCGAUCGGUGUUCUUGAUCUGUCUCACAACGAUCUCCAGGGCUACUUACCUGGAUCGCUAGGGUCGCUUUCUUUCCUCAGCGAUCUCGAUGUCUCUAACAACAACCUCACCGGUCCAAUCCCGUUUGGUGGUCAGCUCACAACGUUCCCUGUCUCAAGAUACGCAAACAACUCUGGCCUCUGCGGUCUUCCCUUGCGCCCCUGCGGCUCAGCUCCUCGUCGCCCCGUUACCUCCCGCGUCCGCGACAAGAAGCAAACGGUUACAACCGCCGUGAUCGCUGGAAUAGCGUUUUCUUUCAUGUGCCUUGUGAUGCUGAUCAUGGCGCUGUACAGGGUGAGGAAAGUUCAGAGGAAGGAACACAAGAGAGAGAAAUACAUUGAGAGCCUUCCAACUUCUGGAAGUUACAGCUGGAAGCUCUCUACCGUUCCUGAACCGCUUAGCAUCAACGUCGCUACGUUCGAGAAACCGCUUAGGAAACUCACUUUCGCGCAUCUUCUUGAAGCCACCAACGGGUUUAGCGCAGAGACUAUGAUCGGAUCUGGUGGGUUCGGAGAAGUCUACAAGGCUCAGCUCAGAGACGGAUCUAUCGUAGCGAUCAAGAAGCUGAUCCGAAUCACGGGGCAAGGAGAUAGAGAGUUCAUGGCUGAGAUGGAAACAAUCGGGAAGAUCAAACACAGAAACCUCGUCCCGCUUUUGGGAUACUGCAAGAUCGGGGAAGAGAGGCUUCUUGUCUACGAAUACAUGAAAUGGGGAAGCUUGGAAACUGUUCUUCACGAGGUAUCGAGAAAAGGCGGGAUCUUUCUGAACUGGGCCGCGAGGAAGAAGAUCGCGAUUGGAGCUGCAAGAGGUCUAGCGUUUCUGCACCAUAGCUGCAUUCCGCACAUAAUCCACAGAGACAUGAAGUCGAGCAAUGUCCUUCUGGACGAAGACUUCGAAGCACGUGUGUCGGAUUUCGGAAUGGCGAGGCUAGUUAGCGCCUUAGACACGCAUCUGAGCGUGAGCACUCUCGCAGGCACUCCGGGAUACGUUCCUCCGGAAUAUUACCAGAGUUUCCGGUGUACGGCCAAAGGGGAUGUGUACAGCUACGGAGUUAUACUUCUUGAGCUUCUCUCUGGUAAGAAACCGAUCGAUCCAGGGGAGUUUGGGGAAGACAAUAACCUUGUCGGGUGGGCGAAACAGCUAUAUAGAGAGAAGAGAGGAGCUGAGAUUCUCGACCCGGAGCUUGUAACCGAGAAAUCAGGCGAUGUUGAGCUGUUUCAUUACUUGAAGAUCGCGUCUCAGUGCUUGGAUGAUCGACCGUUUAAGCGGCCAACGAUGAUUCAAGUGAUGGCGAUGUUCAAAGAGCUCAAGGCUGAUACAGAGGAAGACGAAAGUCUUGAUGAGUUUUCGCUCAAGGAAACUCCAUUGGUGGAAGAAUCGCGAGAUAAGGAGCCCUAA